ACUCACAUUAUUUCAUUGUCGCCAACCGGUUUAAUGCUUUCACACGCUCAGUCGUGCUCGCUUAUUUUGAGUACGUGUAACCGUGUAAGUACCGAAUUUCGUGUAAGAAAUUAAUUUAUAUCCCAGAUUUUUUUUCACCAUUCAUGUUAGAAAUGUCUUCUAACAAUUCUGUAUCUGCCAUUCUAAAACGCAUUUUGAAAGAAACAAGUCAACUUAAACAAAAAUUAGACAAAAUUGAUAAAACUUUAGAAAACUACAACAACAACUUUAAUGUUUUUAAGCACCAGAUAGCAUCCGCUAUGAAAAAUCAGUCUGAAGCACAGCAAGAAAACAGGGAAGCAACAAAUACAUCUUCAAAGAACAAAAAGAAAAAGGAAACAACUUCAGAUGCAACUCAGCCAACGAAAAAAGCAAAAACGGAACCCCAUAAAACAAAAAAUAUUGAUAACCCUAUAUGCGUUCUUAAUGAACUGCGACCUGGCUUAAAGUACACAGUUGACCAAACUGGACCAAUACAUGCUGCUACGUUUUUUGCCAGAAUUAAAGUGGAUGGUCUCACUUACUGUGGACAAGGAAGUAGCAAGAAAAUUGCUAAGACCAAUGCUGCUAAACCUGCUGUCCACGUCCUCACCAAUCCACCCAAAACUACCCCCACUAAAACCAAAACCAAAAACAAGAAAGUCCAGAAUCCUGCGAUGGUUCUAAACCAGUUGUACCCAAAUUCCAUCUACACGUGCCAAGAACACAAAAUCGGGUUCAAAAUUACCAUUACAAUCGGGGAACAUAAGUUUUCUGGAGCUGGUACCAGUAAGAAAGUUGCCAAAAAAGCUGCAGCUGCUGCUGCGUUAGCUAAACUUACGGCGAUUUUGAAGAAUCCUUUGACUAAAGAACCUUCUGAUUCGGUCUCAGAUGGUCAGAAGAAAGCUGAUUAUAUAGGCCGACUAGUUCACGAAAAGUUUAAAACUUUAAUGGGAAAUUCGGAUCAUGCUAAUUUCAAAGUUCUUGCUGGCAUUGUGAUGAUGCAAAAAGACAAUUUAUCUUCUUGUAAAGUAAUUUCAGUUAAUACAGGAACUAAGUGUAUACCAGGCGAGCACAUUAGUCUCAGUGGAGUAACUCUAAACGAUAUGCAUGCAGAAAUUUUAUCAAGAAGGGGUCUGAUAAAUUUUUUCUACGACCAACUUGACCUUUUAGCUGGUUCAAAACAACAUCAAUCGAUUUUUACUUUACGUAAAGACGGAAACGGGUAUAAAUUGAAGGAUGGGAUUCAAUUUCACCUAUACAUUAAUACGGCACCCUGUGGUGAUGCAAGAAUUUUUUGUCCUUUUGAUGGUAAACAAGAAAAUAAACAUUGUAAUAGAAGUAUUAGGGGACAGUUGCGUGUCAAAAUCGAGGCUUCAGAAGGAACUAGCAUUAAAAAUCGUUCUGCUUUACAAACAUGGGAUGGAAUUUUAGGGGGAGAAAAUUUACUGACCAUGUCUUGUUCCGAUAAAAUUUGUAAGUGGAAUGUUGUAGGACUUCAGGGAGCUUUAUUAUCACAUUUUAUAGAACCGAUUUACUUGAAAUCCAUUAUUUUAGGAAGUCUUAUGCACGAAACGCACUUAUACAGAGCGAUUUGUGGAAGAAUAGAAAGUGAGGUUACAGGUCUUCCGAAUCUGUUUCAACUUAACAAACCUUCGUUGUUCUUAUUAACUUCAAGACAGACUCGAGACGUGGGUAAAUCUCCAAGACUGUCAAUCAAUUGGUGUCUAUCCAGUCCUCAACCAGAAAUUGUUAGGACCAACACGGGCAAACCUGAAGGUGGAAAUUCGAAACUGUGCAAAAGAGAAUUCAUGAUCAAGUUUAUGAACACCAGGGGAAAGAUUUUUAGCAUAACGGAAGUCGAAAGCAAAUCUUUGAAAACGUACGGCGAUAUCAAAGAAGCAGCGUCUUCGUACCAGGUGGCUAAAACGCGUCUGUAUGAAGCAUUUAUCAAAGCAAAUUUGGGUACAUGGAUUUCGAAACCUACAGAGCAAGACAUGUUCCAACUGGUUAAGUAAUAAUGAACAAUUCGUUGUAC